AACGCCGCAUGUUACACCGAGCAGAAUGGAGAACGCCCCUUAUCGACCUGCGGCAUCUCGGUCCGAGAUGAAGACUCGCGACGCGGCAGACCCGCGGCCUAACCGAGCCAUGUCGUCGAACGACUCGGACGAUGACUCUGGUGACGAGGAGAUGGGAAAGCAGCCGUACACCCGAGGCCGUCCCAAUACCCUCGCUUCGCGUGGAACAGGAGCCGGCGACGCGCCGCCGCCGUCGGCUUCAUCUCGUCACAACACGCGUGCUCCUCCGUCCAAGACCCGACGGUCCUUGUAUUUUCAGAUUGUCAUGGGGCUGGCCGCGAUCGGGUGCUUUGUCCUUGGCGUGUUUGUCAAGUACACGAACCUGAGUUCGGGCAUUAUUUGGGGCUCGGUGCUGUCGGCGUUCUCGGUCGUGACCGUCCUGCUGUCCUAUGCGAGUGAUCCCCUCAGUCGUCAGCAUCCGAACCCACUGGUGUUUUGGCGCACGAUCGCGGACGGAUUCUUUGUCGUGCGGUUGCUGGCCGAGCAAUUUGUGCGAUGCGUAAACUACCAGUGUUCUCCGCUCUGCGUCACAUUCAACUGCGGUUGCGCGUUCACCCGCGACGCGCUGCUUGGGUACCUUCCCGCAGGCAACGACACGUGCAUCUUCUUUGCCGGGUUCUUUCAAUUCUCGCUCCUCGCGUCCGAGUGCUGGUUCCUCUGCAUGACGUUGAACCUGUUUCUGUCUCUGACGAAUCCAUUUACCGACUUCAAGCGCAACACGCGCUUCUUCCACGUCUUCUCGUGGGGCGUGCCGCUCGCGUCGGCGGUCUUGCUGGCCAGCCUCGCCGACUUUGCCGGGUACUCGGACUUUGACACGUGCUGGACAAACGCUCUCCGCGGAGCGACGACCAUUCCACGGCUCACGGACACGUGCGUGAACGAAAGCCGCACGUUCAUCCUCAAAGACAAGACUGGGUCCCUCCAAGCCAACUACAUCAGCUGGGGCUUCUUCUACGUCCCGAUGCUCGUCUUCAUCGUAGUCGGGCUCGUCGUGUGGAUUUGGACGUACAACCGCCUUCGCGAGGGCCUGCCGGAAACGUACGGCGUGCGCAAGCAGUCGAUCGAUCGCGCGCGCUUCCUCGUCGUCGCCGUAUCGAUGUACUGGACCAUCAUCUUUGCCGUCUACGCCACCUUUUUGAGCCUGUCGGAAGGCGACACGAAGCAGCGGUGGAAGGAAGUGGUCAACUUUUUGAUGGCGUCCAAGGGCUACGUCGAUCUGGUCAUUUGGUUUCAACUGAACGACUUGCGCGUACCGACGCCGAGUGCGCUCUGCUCCAAGAACGACCAGACCGUCGACGUCGACUUGAACCCGCAGGUGAACGCCGCGCUUCGUCGCGAAGUGCUCUUCUACACAACGUCUGGCAUCAUCCAGGCGGUCCAGCAAGCGGAAACCCUGGCCGAGCACGAGCGGGUGCAGCACCUCGCGUUGCGGCCCCAAGGCACGCCGCCGCCGUCGUCGCAGCACUACACGAAAACCUUUCACGACUACGAACCGCACGCGUUCCGGCGCAUUCGCCAGUGCUUCCACGUAGACAACAUUCGGUACCUCAAGUCGCUGUCGUCGACCGCCAAGGAGCGGCUGUCGGAAGGCGCGAGUGGUGCGUUUAUGUUUUUUUCUGGCGACGGAUCGCUCAUCGUCAAGAGCACGUCCCCCGACGAGUGCAAGUUUCUUCGCGGCAUCGCCGACGCGUACGCGACGUACAUGUGCACGCACCCGUCGACGCUGCUCACGCGGUUCUACGGGUGCCACUGCCUCGAACUGUACGGGCAACAGUUUUCGUUUGUUGUGAUGGCCAACUUGUUUGCGACGCCGCAGACGAUCCACACGCGGUUCGACAUCAAGGGGUCGUGGGUCAACCGAAAGGGCGGCCUCCCCAAGCGCGGCAAGAAAGUCACGUGCCGGCACUGCAAUCGCAAGUACGUGUACCAGAGCACGGCCAAGGACGAUCUCAACUGCGACGUUCGCCUCGGCGGCCACGAGCCCAACAUUGUCCUCAAGGACAGCGACCUCACGCAAAAGCUCAAGCUCGACACGAACGUGGCGGUCGCGCUGUACCGCCAACUCGAAGCCGACAGCAACAUGCUGUGCGAGUUUGGUAUUAUGGACUAUUCGCUCCUCAUGGGCAUCCACGAUGUCGAGUUCAAGGUCGAUGCGGUCGAUGACGAUGACGACGAAACGACCGUCGUCCGCCCGCCGCGCCGCGUUCCCCGGUCCGGCAAACGCGUCGCCAACACGGUCGUCGGUCCCGCGUACUACCACUUGGGUGUGAUCGAUAUCCUCCAAACGUGGACGCUGCAGAAACGCAUGGAGCGCUUCGUCAAGGUCCACCUGCGCCGCGUCGACGGCGACGGGCUGUCCGCGAUCGCCCCCGACAAGUACAAGAAGCGCUUUCAAGCCAAGAUGGCCGAGAUUCUGAACGUCGGCCACUUGAUUGGAACUCCCCAGCAACGCGACCUGUACACUGCCGUCCAGAGCUCUCAAAUGGACAUUGACGCGUCCGAGGUGAGCGGCGUCGUGACCGAUGUCCAUCACGGGAGUGGGUACGUCGCUCACACGGGCGCCAACCACCAUGGCGAAGGAUACACGGCAGACCAUAUUCACUUGUAAUCGUACAUGCGUGUCAAAAUUGCACGUCACA